CCGAGGUUCACCAUAACCCUCCUCCUGUACUGCGCCUUCCAGCCCGCCCGAACCCCCGCUACACCUCCUCCGUAGGUUACAACACCUGUUUGGUGCAAUAUCUUUGACCACAAUCCCGGCCGAAUUCGAAAAUCGAGUCGUAAGCAUCAUACUCUCUAGACGGUGGGGCUGUCACGAUCUCGAGCCAUACACCUGCCACGGCAAGCUGCUCAAUCGGACGUGGGAAGCCGCAAUACCAAUCAACCUGCACCUUCCGCAGGCCUCACAAUGCCGGUGAAGUAGGGCAAGCUCCCCGGAGCACCUUGCUCUCCGCCGUUCCUCCCUCGACCGCCAUCGUUAUCUCCCACCAUGGCCGCGUCGCCUCCUCCCACGUUGUCUUCCUUCCACCGACCCAUUGCGCUCUUCCUCGCUGGGACCGCAGCAGCUUGCACCGCCUACCUCAUCUACACCAGCCUUUGCAUGCCUGCACGAAAGGGAGAACUGCAUCGAACGCAGACAAUUCGAAGGCCCAACCGACGCACCCGUAACCGCGUUGUUGGACGCCCCCUUGCGCAAAGGGAACAAGUUCCCACACCGCCGCACGAGUUUGACUUCUUUGGCCAGCUCCUUGGACCCGACCGUAUCCCAUCAGAGGACGAGCUACGGGCACUCGCUCGUCAACUUGACCCUGCAGCUACACCUGAAGCCAUCGACGGCCGCAUAGAUCAGCUCCAAGAGGCUUUUCUCGACAGCGUCUUCGCAACAGUCGUUUCUACGGACCCUAGUGAAUUGCCGGCGUCCGUCGAUAUAGACCUGUCUAGUUUUCCUGAGGCAGCCAUUCAACGUGCGAUCCAACGGCAAGUCGCCAGGGUAGCAGAACAAAACACGGAUUUCGCUGCUCAACCAAUCUACGGACAACCAAACAGUGGAAUGGCGUACACGGAAGCGCAGGCUUUACAAGCGGCCAUCUACAAUGUUGCGGAAGAAAGGGUGAACAACGAGAACAUCAUCCACCGAGGAGUAGCGUGUAAUGCCUGUGGCAGAGUGCCUCAUGGGAUCCGAUGGCACUGCGCCAAUUGCUGGGAUUUUGAUUUGUGCUCUGAUUGUGAGGCCACGGUUGCUCAUGAGAUGACACACAUCUUCUACAAGAUCAAGAUACCUGCUCCCUUUCUCACGAUACCUCGGCAGAAACCCAUCUAUCCUGGGAAACCUAGCGCAAUGCCGGAAUUUCUCAGUCACUCAACGAAGCAAUCCCUAGAGCAGGAGACUAAUCUAGGAAGGGAAAGAAUCGACGCACUGUGGGAUGAGUUCAGAUGCCUGGCUGCAACAGAGUGGGAUGGCGAUGAUUAUGGUAUUGGUUGGGGAAUCGAUAGAGCCAAUUUCGAUCGUACCUUUCUUCCACGAUACCCUCACUUCCCGACGCAGAAGAAUCUUCUAUACGACCGCUUGUUUGCCUUUUACGACAGCGAUUCCAACGGAAUAAUCGGGUUCGCGGAGUUCGUCAAGGGCCUGGAUGGUUUCUAUAACAAGGACGGGACCCAUUUGGGCGACAACGGGCAACCCGACUCAAGCCAAAACAAGCGUUUGGAGAACCUGUUCAAGCUCUACGACGCUGACGGUGACGGCUACAUAACCCGCAAAGACGUCCUAAAGAUGUUCCGCGCUCACUAUGCAAUCCAAAAGGAAUCCAUCCGCAACAAGCUGGCGAACGAGGAUAGAUUGCGAAGGCUGUUGCCCGACCUUGAUCAGAAUAAAUCUCUAAGCGCCAUCUAUCAGCCUGAUGCCCCGGGCGAAGACGAACUGGCAAUGGCCGCAGACCGCGCUCCAGCACCCUCCGGAUCACCAACCCUGCGCGAGAACACGGACGACGCCAUGCCGAGGAACAUGGCCUUGCGAGAAGGCUUUGCCGAGCGAGGAAUGGAUGCUGAAGAGACGAUGGAAGAGAGACGGAAAAAGGGCAGAUUCUAUCUCGAUGAAGAAGAAGGCCUCGUCCUCCCUGAGGGUCUCCGUGACCCCGACCUGGCAUCCAGCGACCCCGUUGAGAGACUCUACCGGGACAUACUUUACCAACAGAUUCAACAGGGCCUCAAUGAACUUCUGGAUCCAGUGUUCAAGGGUGCGGAGAGCCGCGCAAUGAGUUUGGCUGCCGCUCGCGAAAGGGACCCAAGUCUCAAGAUUGAUCUGGAGGAUGUGGAGGGUGUGAUCAGCUUUGCCGACUUCAAGGCGGCGUACGAUGGCGGAUGCAAGUACUUGGACGUGUGGUCCGAUCUCGUUCAAUUCUGAUGGCUAGAGUAUUGGGCGGAAUGAGGGAUAAGUAAACGGGUAGGUUAGGAUAACACCGUAGUUUUAUUGGUACUGCGGCUUUCGACGUCUGACGGACACCACGGCGCAAUGUCUCUGUACUGCUGUUGUCCACGGUCGAUUGAACAGCUACGAGGUGCACAGAUAUCACACCUCUUUUGAUAGGCCUUUGCGUGGGCAAAAUAAUUCUUAAUGCCCUAGUUUUUCAAACCAGU